CCGCAGACGUUUUCUUCCGCCGCCGUCCUCCAACCCAGAGCCAGACAGCAGCACACACCUGCACUUAAACAUGAGCUUCACAGUGGAAGAGAGGGGAAACCCGAACUCUCUGAGCUACCGCUUGUUCUUUAAUCACCAUGCAACUUAUUGGCUCACCUUCAGCCAGAAGUAAAAAAAAUGCUGAUGGAAAGUACGUCUCACCAUUCCACGAUAUACCAAUAUACGCUGAUGAUAGUCAGAACAUCUUUCACAUGGUUGUUGAAGUACCAAGAUGGACAAAUGCAAAGAUGGAGAUUGCUACAAAAGACCUCUUGAACCCAAUAAAGCAAGACGUGAAGAAGGGCAAGUUGCGAUAUGUUGCCAAUGUUUUCCCACAUAAGGGCUACAUAUGGAACUAUGGAGCUAUUCCCCAGACAUGGGAAGAUCCCGCACACAAAGAUGGAGACACUGACUGCUGUGGUGACAACGACCCCAUUGAUGUCUGUGAAAUCGGCAGUAAGGUGUGUUCCCGUGGAGAAGUAAUCAAAGUGAAGGUGCUCGGGAUCCUGGCCAUGAUCGAUGAGGGUGAGACUGAUUGGAAAGUGAUUGCAAUCAAUGUAGAGGACCCUGAAGCCAACAACUUGAACAACAUCAGUGAUGUCCAGCGCCUGAAACCUGGUUAUCUGGAGGCCACCGUUGACUGGUUCAGGAGGUACAAAGUGCCAGAUGGGAAACCAGAGAACCGGUUUGCUUUCAACGAGGAGUUCAAAGACAAGGACUUUGCCAUUAAAGUAAUCAAGAGCACUCACAACUUCUGGAAAGCCCUCAUUUCCCAAAAGACCAAUGCCUGUGAACUGAACUGCAAAAACACGUGUGUCUCGGCUGGUGACAGCCCUUACUGCUGCUCAGUGGAUGAGGCUAAAGCUGCUGUUGGUGAAACAUGUCCUUGUGGAAAAGAAGAACCUAUCCCCUCAUCAGUAGAUAAAUGGUUUUACUACGAGAAGAAGUAAACCAGGAGCUGAUUGGAUUGGAGCAGAGUGAAAGGCUCAUCACUCACAGGAUACUUGAAGAUAGUCUUACAUAAGCAACCAGUGGGAUGACAGGAUGUGACAUGGAUGGUUGGGUCUGGGUUGGCUGUCUUCUUGUCGAUGGAGAGAUAGUGGUUAGAUACUGUAGAGAAAGAGCAAAAGUAAAAAAAAGUACUCAUGUCUUGACCAAUGAAUUUUCACUUAUUUAACAAAGAUCUCGUUGGAGAUGUGCUGUCAUAAACAAAGUACAGGUACUAUGCCUAGUACUUGUGCCAUGUAUGAGACUCUGAACUGCUUUAAUAAAGCUUCUCGGGUUUAAUCAAUGUGACUUUAUUUAUUUUUUAAUUCCCCCCCAAGCAUAGGAAAAUUAGAUAAUUGCAUAAUGCUUGUCUGUUGCUGAAUUUAUUCUAAAUUAGGAGCAGAGCACUUCUCUGUUGCUGCCAUGACUCACACGUUUGUUGAGCGGAGUUGUUAGCGUGAGAGUUGCUGUAUCUUUCUAAAUAGCAGUCUGUGAACUGAACUUCUCUCAUUGUUAUAAUGCUGCCACCUAGUGUUCAGUACUCUACACAACCUUUCUUUUUGCAGUGUAAUGUGUUUACAUGUACUUGCUGUUUUCAGAUGACUAUGAUGUGUGUGAGGUAAUUCCUUUGACUUAAAUGUUUGUCAUAAAUGUGUAAUCUCGG